AUGAACACCUCAGUGGCCCAGACGGACUGCCCCGAAGUCAAAGUUCCUGUCUUACUCUUCUUCACCAUCGGAUUGGUAAGCCUGGCUGAGAACUUCCUGGUUGUGGUGGCCGUCCUAAGGAAUAGGAACCUCCACUCGCCCAUGUACUGCUUCAUCUGCAGCCUGGCAGCCUUCAAUACCAUCGCAAGCCUCACCAAAACCUGGGAGACCAUGAUGAUCGCGUUUGCCGAUGUGGGGCAGCUGGAGAAGACGGGCUCCUCUGAGACCAAGCUGGACGAUGUGAUGGACUCCCUGUUGUGUAUGUCGUUUGUUGGCUCCAUCUCCAGUUUCCUGGCCAUUGCUGUGGACCGUUACAUCACUAUCUUCCAUGCACUGCGGUACCACAACAUCAUGACGAUGCGGCGCACCAGGGCCAUCCUGGGUGUCAUCUGGACAACGUGUGGGUUGACAGCUGUCCUCAUGGUGAGAUUCUUUGCUGCCAAGUUCACCAUGAUCUGCUUUGUUGUCUUCUUCGUCAUCUCCCUGGCCAUCAUCUGCUUCCUCUAUGUCUACAUGUUCAUGCUGGCUCGCAUCCAUGCCCGCAAGAUCGCAGCUCUGCCCACCGCUGGUGGGAGGAAGUGUCGUUGGCAGGGCAGCAGCAUGAGGGGGGCCCUGACCCUCACCAUACUGUUCGGGACAUUCAUGGUGUGUUGGGCGCCAUUUUUCGUCCACCUCAUUAUCAUCAUGGUGUGCCCCACCAACCCGUACUGCGAGUGCUACCGAUCGCUGUUCCAGCUGCACAUGGUGCUGCUGAUGAGCCACGCUCUGAUCGACCCGGCCAUCUACGCCUUUCGCAGCGCAGAGCUCAGACAAACCUUCAAGAAGAUGCUGUUUUGCACCAAUUGGAAGCCAUACUCUUAG